GGAACAGGACAAGAUCCACAUCACACAGGUGGCAGCUCCUAAACCCCAGCACAGGCCGAUCAGAGCCAGAGAAACCACUGUACAACUUUGGAUCAAGUGUGUGCACUGUCGGAUGGAGUUUGGGUUCAGGAUGAAGACAAGUGAGCGCUGAAGUCCCGUCAUGGAUUUUGCACGGAGGGUUUGGCUGUUUCUCAUCCCGAAACCCAAACAUUUGAACUCUGGAAGCUGUGCUAAAUCUCAGAGUUUCAUUGCUGUAAGUAAAUUCUAGUACAGGACAAUCAGGAUGAAAAGAUGGCAGCCAUACUGUUACCAACGGGUCCUGACGGCUUGCGGCGGUUCACUCGCGAAUCCUUGGCUGCGCUGGAGCGGCGGAUUGCGGAGGAGCAGGCCAAGAGCAGCAAGGAUGGCCACGAGGCCCGCAAGCACGCAGAGCCACCCAAGCCCAGGCCCGACCUGGAGGCAGGCAAGACGCUGCCGCGCAUCUUCGGUGACAUCCCCCCUGAGCUGGUCGGGGUGCCGCUGGACGACGUCGACCCCUUUUACUACAAGAACCAGAAGACUUUUAUAGUACUUAACAAAGGGAAGGCCAUCUUCAGAUUCAGUGCCACAUCUGCACUUUACAUCAUUAGUCCUUUUCACUUCAUCAGAUCCAUUGCCGUAAAGGUGUUAGUCCAUUCAUUGUUUAGCUAUUUCAUAAUGUUCACGAUUCUGACCAACUGUUUCUUCAUGGCCAUGUCUGAUCCGCCAACAUGGACCAAAUACCUGGAGUACACAUUCACUGGCAUUUAUACUUUUGAGUCAGCAAUAAAGAUAUUAGCAAGAGGCUUCUGCAUAGUGCCAUUCACAUUCUUGAGGGACCCAUGGAACUGGCUGGACUUCAUAGUCAUCGUCAUGGCUUACGUCACUGAAUUUGUUGACCUGGGAAAUGUCUCUGCAUUACGAACCUUCAGAGUACUACGAGCACUGAAAACCAUCUCAGUCAUUCCGGGUCUGAAGACCAUAGUCGGUGCUCUGAUCCAGUCUGUGAAGAAACUGGCCGACGUGAUGAUCCUGACGGUGUUCUGCCUCAGCGUGUUCGCCCUGAUCGGCCUGCAGCUCUUCAUGGGGCUCCUGCGGCAGAAGUGCAUCCGCAGCCUGGGCCACUGCAUCAACUCCUCGUACAGCCCCAACACAUCCUUCAUCUGCAACAACCGCACCUGGAGCUCGCCUGCAGACUUCCUCAGCAGUGAAGAUAAUUUUUACAAAGUUGAAGGAUCAAAGGAUGCCUUAAUAUGUGGAUACGGAAAUGAUGCAGGGAAGUGUCCGGAUGGGUUUGACUGCUUAAAAGUAGGGAGGAAUCCAAACUAUGGCUACACCAGUUUUGACACCUUCGGCUGGGCCUUUCUGGCCCUCUUCCGACUGAUGACCCAAGACUACUGGGAGGAGCUGUUUCAUCAGACCCUGCGCUCCGCAGGGAAGACCUACAUGGUUUUCUUUGUGCUGGUCAUCUUCAUGGGCUCCUUCUACCUGGUCAACCUGAUCCUGGCCGUGGUGGCCAUGGCCUACGAGGAGCAGAACCAGGCCACCAUCGCCGAGGCCUGGCAGAAGGAGCGGGAGUUCCAGCUGGCAAUGGAGCACCUCCGGCAGGAGCAGAGAUUGGCAGCCAAAAGACAAGCGCAGGAGACGGACUCGGUCCUGUCCCCGGAGCUGUCUCCGCUCCGUCUGAAGGUGGGGAGUAUACGACGCAGCAGCAGCAGGAGAAGAAGAUCUCACAGGACACUCUCAGAAGAGACGGCGGGGGAAGCUGCUGAGGAGAAGUUGGACCCCGUGGAUGAAACUGUGCCUCCCCUGUCCCCCCUGCCGGUGCACCCCCUGCUGGCCACGCUCUCCUCCCACCCCCUCAGCACCAGGAGAGGCAGUCAGAUCAGCAUCUUCAGCUCCUUCCGCGCUCGCAACAACUCCGAGGCCGACUUCGGGGACGACGAGUACAGCGUCCACGGGGACGUGUUCCGGAGCCGCGCCAGCUCCACGGCCACGCCCUGGAAGAGGCGGGCGGGCAGCGUCCGCAGCCACUGCUCCCAGGUCCUCACGCCCAGCCUCAACAUCAACGGCCGGCUCAACAUCUCCCUGGACCAGAACGGCGUGACCACCAUGGGUCUGCUGACGCCCACGUCCAUGCCGGCCUACAUGCCGGCCUACAGCUCGGAGAGGGUCCGGGAGGACGCGAAGCCGGGCAGUGCGGAGGACACGGCUCCCAGGAACCUGCUGCAACCCUCCCCGACGGUGACGGAGGCGUGUUCCGUGCAUAGGAAGAGAGGCCUGAGCUCCGUCAGUUUCCUGAGUGACGCCAUGGAAGAGCUGGAGGAGUCGAGGCAGAAGUGCCCCCCGUGCUGGUACGCCUUUGCUAAGAAGUACUUGAUCUGGGACUGCUGCCCGUGGUGGCUGACGCUGAAGGACUUCGUGAAGCUCAUGGUGAUGGACCCCUUCCUGGACCUCAGCAUCACCAUCUGCAUCGUGCUCAACACCCUCUUCAUGGCCCUGGAGCACUACCCCAUGACCGACGAGUUCAACACCAUGCUCACCGUCGGCAAUCUGGUGUUCACCGUGAUCUUCACGGCGGAGAUGGUGCUGAAGCUGGUGGCCCUGGACCCCUACUACUACUUCCAGCAGGGCUGGAACAUCUUUGACGGCGUCAUCGUUUGUCUCAGCCUCAUGGAGCUGGGCCUGUCCAACGUGGAGGGACUGUCCGUCCUGCGCUCCUUCAGACUGCUGCGCGUCUUCAAGCUGGCCAAGUCGUGGCCCACGCUCAACACGCUCAUCAAGAUCAUCGGCAACUCGGUGGGCGCCCUGGGCAACCUGACGCUGGUGCUGGCCAUCAUCGUCUUCAUCUUCGCCGUGGUGGGCAUGCAGCUGUUCGGCAAGAACUACCAGGACUGCGUGUGCAAGAUCUCCCUGGACUGCCAGCUGCCGCGCUGGCACAUGAAGGACUUCUUCCACUCCUUCCUCAUCGUGUUCCGGGUGCUGUGCGGCGAGUGGAUCGAGACCAUGUGGGACUGCAUGGAGGUGGCCGGCCAGCCGCUCUGCAUCCUGGUCUUCAUGCUGGUCAUGGUCAUCGGCAACCUGGUGGUGCUGAAUCUCUUCCUUGCCCUGCUGCUCAGCUCCUUCAGCUCCGAUAAUCUGUCCGCUCCAGAUGAAGACGGCGAUCUGAAUAACAUUCAGAUCGCCAUCGCACGCAUCAACGCUGGCUUCUCCUGGCUGGCGACGAGCGUCGCCGGCCUCUACGGCCCGGGCUUGGCCUGUCAAGAGCAGGCGGCCAAAGAAGCCAGUCAGGCCGUCAAGCCGGUCGGGAACCACAUGGAAAGCAACGGCGCAGUUUUUGCAGGAUAUGGAGAGAAGUACGUGAUACCGGAGGAGGACAGCUACAUGACCAACCCAAACCUGACCGUCAUUGUUCCCAUCGCACCCGGGGAGUCAGAUGUGGAGUUUCUUGAGGAGGAGGAGAUUUCAGAAUCAUCAGACGAUGAAGAAAAAGAGAAGAUCAGCCUGUCGGAGGGCAGCACCGUGGACCUGAGGAAGCCCGGAGAAGAGGAGGAUAACUUCUCAGAGUUCGCUGAAGACAGCAUGGAGCCAGAAGACUGCUUCCCUGGACUGUGCCUGCGGCACUGCCCGUGCUGCGAGGUGGACACCAGCCGGGGGCUGGGCCAGGCCUGGUGGAGGCUGAGGAAGACCUGCUUCCAGAUCGUGGAGCAUAGCUGGUUCGAGUCCUUCAUCAUCUUCAUGAUCCUGCUGAGCAGCGGCGCGCUGGCGUUUGAAGACAUCUACAUCGAGAGGAGGAAGGUGGUGAAGGUGGUGCUGGAGUACGCUGACAAAGUCUUCUCCUACAUCUUCGUGCUGGAGAUGUUCCUCAAGUGGACCGCGUACGGCUUCAAAAAGUACUUCACCAACUACUGGUGCUGGCUGGACUUCCUGAUCGUGGAUAUUUCUACAGACCGCGCUAUUGUUAGGGUGUCCCUGAUCAGCCUGGUGGCUAAUUCACUGGGAUACUCCGACUUCGCUGCCAUUAAGUCCCUGCGGACCCUGCGGGCGCUGAGGCCUCUCAGAGCUCUGUCCAGAUUUGAAGGCAUGAGGGUGGUGGUGAACGCGCUCAUCGGCGCCAUCCCCUCCAUCAUGAACGUGCUGCUCGUGUGUCUCAUCUUCUGGCUCAUCUUCAGCAUCAUGGGAGUCAAUCUGUUCGCCGGCAAGUUUGGCAAGUGCGUGAACAGAACCGGCUUCACCCACAGCAUCUCCGUGGUCAACAACAAGUCCGACUGCCUGGCCAUGAACGACACCCAGUUCUACUGGACCACGGUCAAGGUCAACUUUGACAACGUGGGACUGGGAUACCUGUCCCUUCUGCAAGUGGCGACAUUUAAAGGAUGGAUGGAGAUCAUGAAUGCAGCCGUGGACUCCAGAGGAGUGGAGGAGCAGCCCAGCAGAGAGAUUAACCUCUACAUGUACAUCUACUUUGUUGUCUUCAUCAUCUUUGGCUCGUUUUUCACCCUCAACCUCUUCAUAGGUGUCAUCAUCGACAACUUUAAUCAGCAGAAAAGAAAGUUAGGUGGGCAGGAUAUCUUCAUGACUGACGAACAGAGGAAGUACUAUAAUGCCAUGAAGAAGUUGGGGUCUAAGAAACCUCAAAAGCCGAUACCGAGACCUUCGAACAUCCCCCAGGCCUUCUUCUUCGACCUGGUGUCCAAGCAAGCCUUCGACAUCAUGAUCAUGAUGCUCAUCAUCAUCAACAUGGUGACCAUGAUGGUGGAGACGGACGAGCAGUCGGAGCCCAUGGAGUCCGUCCUCCACAAGAUCAACAUGGUCUUCAUCGUGAUCUUCACCACCGAAUGCCUGAUCAAGCUCUUCGCCCUCCGCUGUUACUUUUUCACCGUCGCCUGGAACAUCUUUGACUUUGUGGUGAUAGUCCUCUCCAUCGUGGGGAUCGUUCUCGCUGACAUCAUUGAGAAGUACUUUGUAUCUCCCACCCUGUUCCGUGUCAUCAGACUGGCGAGGAUUGGACGCGUGCUUCGACUCAUUCGUGCAGCCAAAGGAAUACGGACUUUACUGUUUGCCUUAAUGAUGUCCAUGCCGGCCCUGUUCAACAUCGGCCUCCUGCUUUUCCUAGUCAUGUUCAUCUAUGCUAUCUUCGGUAUGGCGAACUUUGCCUACGUGAAAAAACAAGAUGGGAUUGAUGACAUGUUUAAUUUUGAGACCUUCGGGAACAGUAUCAUCUCCCUCUUUCAGAUCAGCACCUCGGCGGGCUGGGACAACCUCCUGAGCCCGAUCAUGUCCAGCCCCCCCGAGGAGUGUGACGCCAGCUUUGUCAAUACUGGCACCAACACUCGAGGAAACUGCGGCAGUCCCUCUGUGGGCAUCGCGUUUUUUGUCAGCUACAUUAUAAUCUCCUUCCUCAUCGUGGUAAACAUGUACAUAGCCAUCAUCCUGGAGAACUUCAGCGUGGCCACGGAGGAGAGCACCGAGCCCCUGAGCGAGGACGACUUUGAGAUGUUCUACGAGGUCUGGGAGAAGUUUGAUUCUGAAGCCACGCAGUUCAUUGAGUUUUCCAUGCUGUCGAGGUUCGCCGACGCUUUGUCGGAGCCGCUGCGCAUCGCAAAGCCCAACAAGAUCCAGCUGAUCUCCAUGGACCUGCCCAUGGUCAGCGGGGACAGGAUCCACUGCCUGGACAUCCUGUUUGCCUUCACCAAGCGCGUCCUGGGGGAGUCCGGGGAGAUGGACGCCCUCAAGCAGCAGAUGGAGGAGAAGUUCAUGAUGACCAACCCCUCCAAGAUCUCCCACGAGCCAAUCACCUCCACGCUGCGCCGCAAGAUGGAGGAGGUGUCGGCCAUCGUGGUCCAGCGCUGCUACAGGAGGCACCUGGUGCGCCGGCACAUGAAGCAGGCGUCCUACCUGUACAGACAGAUCACCUACGAGGCCGUGGUGGACGUAGGCGACGCCCCGGAGACCGAGGGGCUGCUGGCCUCCAUGAUCCAGCACUACGGGCCCCCGGGGGGGGACGGCCAGGGACCCGAGCACACGGCCAUGUCCUCGCCACCGUCCUACGCCAGCGUGACACGGGAGGAGGCUCUGGGCCCCGGGGCCCGAGGCUCGGAACCGGGGGAACCCGGAGAAAACUACGAGGAAACCUUUCUCUGAGCGGCACUCGUGUGCAGGGAGAGCCAUUCAUUUCUCCUUGCUUUUGGUUCAUGACUUUUGAAGGAAGUAUCUGUUGUUCAGAAGGACAAACAGAUUUAUUUUUUUAAUAUUUAAGGAGAUGCAGAGGAAAUAUAGAAUAUAGGAUCCGGUAGAGGAGCUCACACGUCUGACACCAGCAGCUGUGGGCCACGCUUGUUCUCAUAGCAGCUUACAAACUAGGAAUAUUACACUUCAACAUCAUGACGGCACCGCCAGGAACAAUAAGCCACUUUAUAUACAGGUUUUAAUAUCAGCUCCACCAUUUUCGAUUCUCCAUUUUUUUAUUUAUUUGCACAAAUAUGAGGAAAAACUGAUUUUCACACACGUCUUUAAAGUGGAUUGAAGAAUGCACCGAUUUAACAACUGUUUCCUGUCUGGUUUCCAUGUGUACUAAGGUCUGGUGAUGCUUUAGCCUGUAGUUCAGCCGUUAACAUUUCUGCUAGCAGACCAACUGUCCAGCCUCAACAUGCUAACAUCAAGCUACUAGUUUACACCCAAUGAUUAGUUUGGGUUUGAGCCAUCAGAAUAUUCUUCAGGUCUGUCCUUGCCGACGGACAGCAGCGUCUCUGGACGUGUCCAUGUGUCUCUGUCUCUGAACAUCAUGGUUGUUCAGCACUCUGACCGUUGGGAAUUUGUAAAUGUUGCAUUGAUAAGCUAACCGUUACUUUUUGAAGACGUUGCCCAGGCCCCUGCGGUGCUCGCCAUCAACCACCGCACUUAGAUUUCUGUCCUCAAUAAAUGAAUGAAGCGUAUAAACAUCACUGCAUUACUGGCCGUCCACUUUAAAGCAACAAAACUUUGUGAAGAUCUAUUUCCUGUUCAAGCUGUUCAGAUAUGGUACCAUUCUCUCACCUUUAAACAACUGUAGAGUGUAAAUGUCAUGAUGGGGACGUGUGUCUUCCAGCUUUAAUCACAAUGGAAACAGCUCCACUAAGUCUGUCCUCAGUUUAAUAUCUGUGGGGAAACCCGGAGCGACGGAUGGAGAGAUGCUGAACACACUAAGAUGAUCAGCUAUGGAGGCCUUUAAAGUUAUAUUAUGUCCUCAUCAAAAUCUGCUAACAAAACAGUUUGGUUAAUGUCUGUAAUUAUUUUAUUUUUUUGCCGACGCAAUUCAUAAAAGAAGAUGAGAGCAGCUUUAUUACUGAUAUAGCAACAUCACAUGUUUUAGUCAGAGAAUACUGGAGGUUUUUUCAAAUGUCUUUCUGCAGUCAUAUUCUUGUUUUAUACAAAUGUUUUUAAAGUGAUUACUUUUGCUAACAGGUUUUACUGGAUAUAGUUAACGGAUAGUUAGGAGAUAGUUAUUCAGAAGGUCAUCCAUCAGUCAUGUUGUUGCUGCUGCAGAGACGGAUCCCCGUGGGACUGCUAGGCUGAUAAAACCAGAGAGACCACGUUUCUGGAGAGAUCCACACAAGUGGCUCCACUUCAGGGGAAUUAAAUAUGGAUUAUACAUGAAUGCACGCAAUCUAUGUAUUUCAUAUAUCAGAAAUAUGAAGAAUAGCACUCUUUGUUUUCUUUUUUCUAUUAAACUUGAUCCAACUUCUGAUAUAAAGACAUUCUUUCCUCUUGAAAACUGAGGUUUACAGUUAUAAUCUGUUGCAUCCAACACAUUUCAACUUCUGUGUCGGUGACAGGAAGGUACGUUUAGACGAGCCCCGUUUCAUGUGCCUGAUGUUGACUGUUAUCCACAUAUUUCUCUGAAACUAUUUUCACCAUUUCAUCCGAUCAGACUGGUGUGGACUGAAAGGGCAUGAAUGCACGCACUUUUGUUACUUGCUGUCUAAAGAGCUUUUGGGGCUAUAAUGUAUGCAAAGCUGAUUUUUAACAAUUUUUUUGUAAUGUGUUUAUAUGAAAAUGCCAUGUGAGUGACUCACAGUGGUCAUAACGGGGCAGAGUUAGAUUAUAUAAGAACAAUGUGCUCAUUUUUAUAUAAAACAUUUCCUGAAGAACACGAUUGUCUGUACUGAAUGGAGGUAAAAUAGUUCAUGGAUUUUAUUUUAUUAAGUGAAAAUAAAACAC